AUGCGAGUGCCGCAAUCCGUCUCCCUCUUCGUCCUGGCAGCCUCCAUUCCUCUCACAACGGCGUCCUCGCACGCCUACGAUCGUCUCCCGCCUGAUCAAGAAGCGGCACUGCUUCCCAUCCUCCCCUUCCUCCGGAACCCAGCCGCAACUCCAGGCUCCUUAUCCUCGCACUCCCGACCCCCGCCAACCCGCCCGCCGUCUCUCAGCGAGCGAGGAAUUGUGGACGCACCCCCCGCCGCCCAACCCACAAAGGUCACCCAAAUGUCCCCCGUGAUGACAAUAAAUGUGGACGGCAAACCAGUGCUAUACACACAGAAAUUCUCGCCCGUGCCGGACCAGCUGCCGCAGCCAAAGAAAGGGGCAAUCGGACUCGGCACGUUGGAGGGGGAAAUUGGGGAGACGUCCACGAUUGAUAAGCGGGCACCAGCCGAAACGGAGACGUCGACCACAAAUGGAGAGCCUCUGAGACUUCUGGCAAGACAUUCGAGAUGCAAAACGCUAGAGUGUGUGAGAGCGCAUUCUUAA